CACCUCCUCCACCGCAGCAGCAGCUUCUGGAAGAGUUCCCGCGGCGCCGCAGAGCAGCAGCAGCUCCGCGACUCUCUCCACUUUAUUAUCUGAGACUUUUAAUGUGAAGGGAUCCGCUGGUUUCCUGACAGGGCGGACAGAUCCAGAGCAGACAGCCCGGGGGAAGACCUCCUGUGGUCGGACAAGUCUUUCGGAAACUCCCUGAAGUGAUUUCUGCGCGUUCCUCACGUGAUUCUGCAGCUUUUGGAUAAGAAUCACAAAAGACUACGUUCAAGAAAAAUCCCGACCAAGAAACAUCCGGUUGUGCAAAUACACACAUUUUCCCGCCACUUCUCCUUUUUUUUUUUUUCUCCUUUUUCCUGUGAAACACUAAAUUGCAGAGGACUCUGAAAUGUCAGAAUGAAUCACUUUCAGAACCCUGAAACCUGUAAAAUCUGGACCAACGGCCAUUUAAUGAUGAUUUAAUGAUGAUUUAAUGGUGUGAUUCCUGCUCUGGGAGCUGUUGGAUCCUGGUUCAGAGGCUCUACGUCAUGUUGCAGUCUGGAUCUGUGGACGAGGGAGUUUCACCUGGUUCAAACUCAGUCUGCAAGUUUGUUUACGCGCCAUAUUUGUGCAGAGAAACACACGAUCUGAAGGUGUUUUCUGUGUGUGCUGGCUGUGGCCCGGACCACCAAUGGACAGAACCAUUACUCUGUCCAUGAUCUCCUGAUAUUUAUCUUCUUUUUGAUGGACUUUUGUGUUAAAUUUGAGCCAAAAUGGAGGAAAUAAGAGCAUCUGCUGACUGGAGACUUUCCAAAGACCAAAGGGAUUUCCUCUGUUAAAGUCAAUGGGAUAAAACUAGAAACUACUGGACUGUUAAAGGUAAAUUACUCAGAUAUCCACAGUGCCUUUUCUCCCAGAAUGCAUUGCCCCAUGAGGAAGAAACGGCCCACGCGAGACUCGGACUUCUCGGCCAUCGCGGUGCCGUCCUCCAUGCACGGCUCCGGUUACCUGGACUACACGGUGGAGAGCCACGCCUCCAGGUCUCUGCAGGUGAUGGACGAGUUCAGACGGCAGGAGAUGCUGUGUGACCUGGUGCUGCACGUCACCUACAAGGAGAGGACCGUCGACUUCAAGGUCCACAGGGUGGUGCUGGCCUCCUGCAGCCCCUACUUCAGAGCCAUGUUCACCAGCAGCUUCAAGGAGUGUCGAGCCUCCGAGGUGACGCUGAGAGACGUCUGUCCUCAGGUGGUGGGACGACUCAUCGACUUCGCCUACACCGCCCACAUCACCGUGGGGGAGAAGUGUGUGCUGCACCUCCUCCUGGCUGCCAUGAGGUACCAGGUGGAGGACGUGGCGAAGGCCUGCUGUGACUUCCUGGUGAAGCAUCUGGAGCCGGCUAACGUGAUCGGCAUCGCUCGAUUUGCUGAAGAGAUCGGCUGCAUGGAGCUGCACCAACGCAGCCGAGAGUACAUCAACACACACUUCAGUGAGGUGACUAAAGUAGACGAGUUCUUCAGCCUGUCUCACUGCCAGCUGCUGGACCUCAUCAGUCAGGACUCUCUCAAGGUUCUCUGUGAGUCGGAGGUGUAUAAGGCGUGCACUGACUGGGUGCGCUGGGACAUGGAGGGUCGGGCUCAGUACCUGCACGCUCUCCUGAACGCCGUUCACAUCUACGCUCUGCCUCCCAAGUUCCUGAAGAACCAGCUGCUGUCCUGCCCCAUCCUCAGCAAGGCUAAUUCCUGCAAGGACUUCCUGUCUAAGAUCUUCCAGGAUAUGACGCUGAGGAAACUUCCUCCAGGACCAAACCGAGGGACGCAACUCAUCUAUGUGGCCGGCGGAUACCGGCAGCAUUCUCUGGCCACCAUGGAGGCGUAUGACCCGCGGGAGAACGUCUGGCUGAAACUGGCCGACAUGGGCUCUCCGUGCAGCGGGCUGGGGGCCUGCGCCCUGUUUGGACUGCUCUACACUGUGGGCGGCAGGAACCUGUCGCUGCAGAACAACACGGAGUCGAGCGCCCUGUGCUGCUACAACCCGAUGACCAACCAGUGGAGCCAGCGCGCCGCCCUCAACACCCCCAGGAACCGGGUGGGCGUGGGCGUGGUGGACGGCUGCAUCUACGCCGUGGGAGGCUCCCAGGGCUCCACGCACCACAACACCGUGGAGAGGUGGGACCCCGAGUCUAACCGCUGGUCCUUCGUCUGCCCGAUGGCGGUGGCUCGCCUCGGCGCCGGCGUGGCGGCGUGCGGGGGGGCUCUGUACGUGGUGGGGGGCUACGACGGACAGAACCGCUGGGACACGGCUGAGAAAUACCAGCCGGACACUAACAGCUGGCAGCAGCUGGCUCCUAUGAGCACCAUACGCAGCGGACUGGGCCUGGUGUGUGUGAACUCGUACCUGUACGCCGUAGGAGGCUAUGAUGGGCGGAGCCAGCUCUGUUCUGUGGAGCGUUACAACAUCACCAGGAACCAAUGGGAGCCCAGAGCCUCCAUGAACUACUGCCGCAGCGCCCACGGAGUCACCGUCCACCAGGGACGCAUCUUCGCCCUCGGAGGCUUCAACCAGCACGGCUUCCUGUCCAGCGUCGAGUGUUACUGUCCGGAGAGGAACGAGUGGACGUGCGUCACCGACAUGCCGGUCGGACGCAGCGGGAUGGGCGUGGCCGUUACCAUGGAGCCGUGUCCCGGCAACCUGCCGGAGGAGCAGGAGGAGGAGGAGGAAGGAGCCUCAUGAGGAGGACCAGGACCAGACCUGCUCAAGUCUUUUUAGCACUCAACUAAAAAAAAACAUUCCAAUAUGAGAAGUCGAACCUGGUCUCACAGGAAUCCGUGGAAUAGCCACGGAAUCACUCAAAUUUCCGUGAAACUGACACGGAUUUCGCUAGUUUUGCAAGUUAACCCUUUAUCAGGCAAAUAACUAUAUUUGGUAACUUCAGGUAAUAUGUUGAGAAAAAAGUUGCAAAUUUGCUAGAUUAAAAUAGCAAAUCUACAAGAAAAAAAAGUUGCAGAUUUAAGAGAUUUAAAGUGGCAAAUCUGCGAGAAUAAAGUCGCAGAUUUAAGAGAUUUAAAGUGGCAAAUCUGCAAGAAAAAAGUUGCAGAUUUAAGAGGUUUAAAGUGGCAAAUCUGCGUGAAAAAAGUCACAGAUUUAAGAGAUUUAAAGUGGCAAAUCUGCGAGAAAAAAAUCGCAGAUUUAAGAGAUUUAAAGUGGCAAAUCUGUGAGAAAAAAGUUGCAGAUUUAAGAGAUUUAAAGUGGCAAAUCUGCGAGAAAAAAGUUGCAGAUUUAAGAGGUUUAAAGUGGCGAAUCUGCGAGAAAAAAGUUGCAGAUUUAAGAGGUUUAAAGUGGCAAAUCUGCGAGAAAAAAAGUUGCAGAUUUAAGAGAUUUAAAGUGGCAAAGAUGCGCAAAAAAAGUCCCAGAUUUACAAAAAAAAAGUGGGAAAAAGCAGCUUUUUCUCCCCAGAUUCACCACUUUAAAUCUCAUAAAUCUGCACAUUUUUUUCUCGUAGAUUUGCCACUUUAAUCUCGUAAACUUUUAUUUUCGUAUGUUCUUUUUUACACAUUCUAGCAUUAUGUCAUUAACUUGCAUUGUAGCGAAAUCCGUGUCAGUUUCACGGACAUUUGAGUGAUUCCGUGGCUAUUCCACGGAUUUUGAGUUAAGCAAAAAUCCGUGGCUCUUUCACGGAUUCCUGUGAGACCAUGUUGGGAAAAGUCCUCCCGUGGAUCUCAGGGUAUCACCCAUAGGAGUCUAUGGUAGCACCCCCUGGAGGACGGCAGGUGUAGACGACAAUAAAGAAGAAGAAUAUUUCUACGUUUCUUUCUUCGGGGGAAACAGAAGAACUUGUAGCAUGACAGUGACCUCACAAUGACCCGGGUGCUGCAGAUGAAAUCACAAACAAUGGUACUAUUUAAUAAUUAAGUAUUGUUAUUUCAUCAGCUGGUUUUAAUCUCUUUAGUGUUACAUUUUAUGUGUAAACUUACAAAGUGAAUCUUCAGUGUCCUGAUUUCUAAUUCCUCACUGUUGUUGUUGUAUCUCUACCUCCGUCUGUGUCUCUGUCCAAACGAGCACUUUUCUUUUUUGUGCCAAUAUAGUUUCACUCAAAACUGCCA